CAUUAUCGCUAUUUAUAGUUGCGUAUGGGUAUCCAGCCAUUACCAUUUGGAGCUCUGAUUCCAGCUUCAAUGGAGACAUUGUCCAACUCGGAGUCCUGCAAUGGAGAGAGCAAAGUUUAUGCUGUCAUUCUUGAUUUGGAUGGAACCCUUUUGGAUACAGAGAGUGCUACAAAGGGUGUUCUGAAAGAAUUUUUGGCCAAGUAUGGGAAAGAACUGGACAAGGAAAGGGAAGAAAGUAAGAGGUUGGGGAUGACUCUGCAGGACUCGGCAGUUGCCAUUGUUAAGGAUUAUGGUCUGCCUCUAACACCUGACCAAUUCAUCCAUGAAAUCAUGCCCAUGUAUCGUCACAGGUGGUCACAUGCUAGAGCUUUACCAGGUGCUAAUCGUCUUAUCAAACAUCUGUGGAAAAAUGGAGUGCCAAUUGCUCUUGCUUCGAACUCCUCCACAGAAAAUAUAGAUGCCAAAAUCUCUCAUCAACAAGGUUGGAAAUAUUAUUUUUCAACAAUUCUUGGAAGUAACCAGGUCAAAUCGGGGAAGCCUUCUCCAGAUAUAUUCAUCGAGGCUGCAAGGAGAAUGGGUGUAGAUGCUGCAAAGUGCCUGGUGAUUGAAGACUCACUGGUUGGUGUUAAAGCUGCUAAGGCUGCCAAAAUGAAGGUAGUGGCUGUUCCAUCUCAAAGUGAAGCUGAUUGUUCUUUGUUGGCAGAUAGCGUCCUUCAUUCACUUCUAGAGUUUCAGCCGGAGAUAUGGGGUCUUCCACCAUUUGAUGAUUGGGUUGAUAGUGCACUGCCAAUUGAACCAAUUUACUUGAGCAUUUUAUAUAAAAAUGGUUCAAUCAGUGAAGUCACAGGUACAAUGGCAGGUGGUGGCGAAUCAGGUCUUCCUUGCCAAGUUUCUGGGCUAUACUUUGGUUGGACUCAAAGUGGCGUGCAUGGGAUCUUAAAGGUUCUGGUUGGUAUUGGAGGGGAUCACUGUUCAUGUAGUGCUAAGAGGAAUAUUCAAAUAUGCACAAUUGAUGAGAAAAACGAUGACGUUUGUGAUGAGCAAAUGCAAUUGGUACUUGUUGGCUACAUCCGGAAAUUGGAUAGCAAGGAAGUAGAUGAAGAGGACAUGUCUAUUGCAAGCUGUUCAUUGGAUAAGCCCAUCUUCAUCAACCUUCUUCCAUGUGUUCUUCCUGCCUUAUAAAAGAAUACUUGACAAAAGUGAAUAAUCCUGCUUGUGCUAUACAUUUUAAUUAUACAAUUAUAAUCAAUAAUUUAAAGGAGAAUCACUAUUUCGUAUUUUAUUAUAAUGUAUUAUAUUUCUCUGAA